GUGAAGAAACUUCCACGGCGAUCAGUCCGAGUUCUUCAGUCGUUGACUCCGUUUGUGUGCUGCGCAACGUUGCAGAAGAAAGUUAUUACUUGAAUAGGUAUUCUGCAAGAGAGAGGUUCAGAGACAUACAAAUCAAGUUGGAGUAUUGUGGUUGUGAUUUAAAUUGUGAGAUGCUGCAAUAAAAUAGAGGAAGAAUAUUUUAUUGGGAAGUCUUUGACCAUUUGUACCAGGAAGUUGUUGAAGGAAUUUGUGAGCAUUGUGUCUGUUGUCCAUUUGGACGCGAUUGCAGUUUUCGAAAUCCACUUUAACCUACUUUAGCUUGGGUUUAGCCAAGAGAAAGAGCCGUGUGAGUGAGAAAGGGGCUUAAUUGAAGCGUACACGGGAAAGAGUUGAUAAGUUGUUGAGCAAGAGAUUUUUUGGGUGAUAUUUUUGAAAAUAAAAAAGACACUUAUUGGGCACUCACGAGUGUCGCAUUGAGUUUCUAAGAUAAAUUCCUUGUGCACAAGACGCGAACUCUAAGGUUGUUCAAUUUUCCCAGCUAUCAUCAUCAUUAAUUCCUCCGGCUUCAGCUCCGGUGGAUCAUCUUCUGGCCAUCUACCAAGAAGUGACAGUAACAGUUAUUUUCACCUGUGAAUCUGUGAAACGGUUAUUUUCGAGAGUUUCUUGUGUGUGAUUUUUCCCCAUUAGCAGCCAUCGCGCAUUGAGGAUUCAUCGAACGAUCUCCAACAGAAGAUGAUGAUACUGCAGUGAACCUAGGUGCUAAAGCAGCCAACAUUCCCCUCUCAACAAUGUCAUCAACUUCUUGUCCGCGUUUCGUGCAGAACGCAUGGAAAAAGGAUCUCUGUUCCAAUUGCUUCAAGUCAAAGGAUGAACAUACAAAUUUGACUACGAUGAAAACGAUCAAAGUACCCCCGUUGACGGCAACACCUCCCAAAGGAAUCAUACGAUCAGGUGGUAAGAGAAAGAAGCACAAAGUAAGCUUUACGAAAGAAUUAAGUCAAGUUAUUGGAUUUGGCGGGGAUUGGAUUGAUUCCGAUACAGAUUCAGACAUUGAAUCAGUUGAUAGCUUAGAGAAGAGCGAUGAUCCACCACCAGUUUACGAGGAUAAUGACCAAGAUCUUCAGCGUUUAACUAAAACCAACACUGACUUUAACAUGAACAAUGGGAAUCUCUUAGGAGAUCCCGAAGUGAAUAUCAAGAGAUCAUUUGCAGCACUUAAGUUAGGCACACCACAGAAGGACAGUGAGGGUAAGAAGCAGACUCUAAAAAUCUCAGUUACACCCUUUAGUUCAUCCAACAAAGUCAACGAGAUCAAGCAACUUUUUGGACCGGCGAAAAUGCCUGAGAAGAAGCUUGAAGCUACGAGCAUUGUCAUCAAAACUGCUCCAAAAAAAGCAGAUGACGAUGAUGCUCCUGCAAUAGUUUCAGUUUCCGAAAAGUCCCUCCUUGAAGAAAUCUCAGAGACACUCGAAAGAAAUCAGUUUGGAAAGGAAACUUCAAACCUUUUGCACAACAAGAAAGAUGAACCUGACAACAAAUCGUCCGAUCUGUCUGUAAAAUUGGAGAUAAAAAGCCCCAACACUAAACCUGUUAGCGAAACAAAACGAUCAAUUUCUAGGCAUGUUCCCGUAUCGAAGGAUCAAGCUAAACCACGUGUUCCGAUUUAUGCCAAAAACACAGAUACGGAUAGCAAUUCGUCAGAUGUUGAGAAUGGAAUAUCUGAGUAUUACGACGUUGUUGAAACAGCCACAGUAUCAUCUGGAAGCUAUGAGAAUGUUCCCGAUGGUGAGGAUAGUGUGAAAGUUAAAAUAACUGAAGAGACGAAGAAAAAGGAUUUAAACGAAGUCAAAACAUACGCUCCAAGUCGAACGUCCUUUUUCUCAAGUCAAUUUAUUACAGACAUGUGCCUGUCCACAAAGCCUGUUUCGCAGCAUUUGAAAAAGCGUUCUGAGAUGUAUAAUCUCGCAGAUCAGAGCUACAUCACUGGGAAGAUCACGUCAGACGGCCUGAUUGUAACUAAAACUUCUUCAGAAGAUGCUCUAGAUUCGACAGGUUCAAGUUUUGACAGUAGUAGUGAUGAGGAGAUGUCUUCAAUUAAUCGCAGUGAAUCCGAUAGUGGAAUCGUAGCGAAUGAGUAUCAAAAUGUUGAAGCUGAAAGUCGUCUUGAUACCAAACCGACUUCAACUACUCCAUCAGUUGUUACAACUUCAACAGACUACGAAAUGAUUGAAGUGCAAACAGAAGCUGGGCAGGAUGAUGUUUUCAGUAUUGAGAAGAGUCGUGAAUUAGCCGGAGAACCCGAUGGAAGUUCUGAUCCUGAUGUUAAUGGUGAAGCUCCGGCAUUGCCAACUUCACCACCUCCAAACAUUGAGCCACGCACUGUAUUCUUGCACAGUCUACAAAAGCAUUUAUCUAUGGAAAAGCCAAAAGUGCCCAGUAAACCGGCUGUAAAUGUUGUAAAAACCUUUACGAAGAAGCCUCAAGCAACUGUAGCACAGCAGCAGGUUAUUUUGCAGCUGCAAUCAGUCAUAAAAGCGCCCGAGGAGAAAGCUGCACAGGGAAAGCAAGAAGAUUUGACGAAGGCUCCUAAAAAAGGACGUGCUCCAAACCCACCACCAUCUCCAGUUGAUGAGGUCAAAAAGGAUGGAGCAAGGAUAACAAAAAUGACACCGAAGAAGGAUGUUGUUGAACCUACUGUAACAGAAGAUGUAGUUGCUAAGUCUGAUCAAAAGCUGCAGAUGGAGCAAUCUCCAACGUUGUACACGCGGAAUCCUUCUGCUGUUGUCAAGUCCUCAAGCCCAGUUGUUCGGGAGAAGGAUAAGCGUGAACGUGCCACAAUUAAUCCCAAAUUCCGCAGUCUCAAUUCCCUAAAUUCCCAUAAUUACUACGAAAAAGCGCGCCCGUCAACACCUGAACCGGCUCCAAGGAAGAGUCUUUCUCUAUCGCAGGAUAAUCUGUUAAUGGAGAAGCCCAAGAAGGCUAAAUUCUCUAUUAGGAAAUUCCUUCGGAUGGGCUCCAGUAAGACUCUGGAAGAUGCCGGUACAAAGAGAAAUGGUAUCUACGACGAAUUACCAGGUAGUUCAACAAAACCUCGGCUGGUCAUUAUUCAUCCCAUCGACAUCAAUACAUCCGGGGUAGAGGUGCUGAGAGAUCCCCUAAAGCCAGGAGUGAAGGAUGAGGCAAAAAGUAAUGUGGUUACUGGAAAACCUCCGGCACCACCGCAAAGAACGGUUGAGGUGAAUAAACCCGCUCGUCCACCACCGCCAAAGAGUGCAGAAUUGCGGCGGAAGCAGUUAGAAUCCAGUAGCACCGAUCGGGUGGAAGUUACAAAGCAACGCGGGGACAAUGUCUAUGCAAAUCUCGGUGAGGUGCGAUCCUCAAUGGCACCCCGGAAGCCCGAGAGAACAGCCAGUAUGCGCGAGAGGGAAGCUCAGUUGGAAUUGGCACGACGACGUACCCCGAGGAAGUGUCAGGAAUACUCGGACACAGCGUCUGACAUUUCAUCAUCUAGUAUGUCGCGCGAGACACAGGGCACGGACCUCUCGCGUUCCGUGAGUGAUGCAUCCGAGAGGUCGACAGAUGGGAAGACACAGGCACGCGACGGUAGCAAAAACACCGAGUCGGAGAGCGUGGAAAAUAAAGCAAAAGUGAAAGAAGUCACAGAGAAUGAACACAAUAGUGAAAUUGUGCAGCACAGGGCGUCGAGUCAGGUUGCAUCCGCAGCAUCUGCUGGAGACACCAUCACGGAGCGGAAGAGGCGACUACUUGAAAUUGACCAACAUAAGAUCUCAAGCAAAGUGGAGAUGUUUGAGAAGAGUAUAAGUGAGGCGAGGCCUAAGCAGAAUUUGGAGGGAAUUAAGAGUUCAGUUCAAAAGAUGUCCACAACCAUCGAUAAUUACCUGAAGGACCGCAUGAGCCUCUCAGAAGGGAAUAUUGCGGACAAUCAAACCAUCUUCACAACUGAUAAGAAUCCAACAAAGACAACUGUUGAGAUUCGCAAUAACGACAUUGAGCUCCGGAACUAUGAGCCCAUCAUGAUGAAGCCGGAUCGCGUGAGUCUCCCGGCAAUUUGCAACGAUGAGCGGAAUUCAAUCUACGGUGGAUCAGUGGCAUCGUACCGCCUUAGCCUCGAUACACCACACAAAUUCCACACAAGCAACAGUUUAGCUAAUCUCCCGAGAACCGUCUCCAUGUCUUACUGUGGAUCCGAAAUGGGAGAAUCAGAGAUUUAUUCGCCCUACAGCUUCUGCGGCGGCAGCGAGGCGGGAGGCGACGUAGCCAUGGGAGAUCCCCAAGAUGGAUGGCCGGGUCAAAUGAACGCCAAAACGCGACAGAUGAAGACAACGAACCGGCUGAGGAUGCGUAAAGGUCGGAGUGUGGUACAUAAGAAUCUUGAAGAUAACUAUGGAGCUGUCAUUGUUGCAAAUCACGAAGCUCUGGCACAAGUCCUCGAUCAGUUGCAACAAUCACCUCCAGUUCCCAUGAUACUGCGACCCCUGGCAAACUCCAUGAAUCUCCGCUUCGAGGAGUUCAGUAUAGUCGAGGGUGGACGUGCUGUGGUGAUUGGACGAAGGGCCUUCCAUGCUGCCAUGUGGAUCCCUAGUCAGACACCCGUGACCCUUGCAGUUACUGCGGAUUGCAAUCAAAUGUCUGGUGUUGCUGGGGAGUUGAAGCAACUCUCAGGAGCUGCCAGUGGAGCCCUCAAUCCCAUCACUGAGUUCUGUGACCUCGUGCCCAGUAAUUUUUUGCCACUAAUGCCCAGCAUUCAAAUCAGAUUAGUGCAAGCAUCCAUUUCUGUUCUCCCGCGAAUGCUCGUGGACACACUCAUGUCCCUGGGAUCAAUUCUAAAGUCCAAAGUUGAAAAUCAAAAGACUUCGCGCUCAUUUGGUGGUUCAAUACCUAAUCUCACGGCCACGAAGGAUUCCACGCAGACUCAUGUGCGUGGCUCCGUUCAGAAUCUUUCGGUUCUCAAUGAAGAUGAAACGGAGGAAAAUGAGUUGGAUUCCAUUGUUAGUGCUCUCACACCGAAUCCAACAGGACUGGGGAAUACAACUGAUGAGAUUCUUUGUCGCGAAGUUGGUUUUGUGAUGCUGCAGCUGAUUAAUGGACUGAAGAAUUUGCAAGCGAAGGGAAUUGAGGAGAUGCCACUGGGACUAUCCAAUGUUAUUCUCUGCAAAGAGGUGGACAACAAGGAAGCCCAGGCUAGGCUCUGUGUCCUCCAUAGCCUCUCUUCCGACAUUUCCCGGGACGAGGAUGAACCCAUGGGAACCCUGUGCCAAUGUGCCAAAGUGGCCCUCACCCAGAUGCUUCCUGCCACCAAGUUGACGCCAAUUCUCAGCGACAUUCUUGGGCAGGAGCGCUCAGAAUCACUUUCAAAGACAAAAUCCAUUUUGGAAUUUGCUCUCUGGGGCCCAUCCGAUGUCAUCCUCACAGGGACAAUACGUGAACGGGAGCAGACGCUACAACGAUGGUUGGACCUCGAACGCGCCACUGUCCUCCAUGGGUUGGUGAGGACACGCGUUGAGCUCACGGUGUACGAUGAAUGUCACCUCAUGUUCCUUGUGCGAUCCACAGCAAAGGUCAUGAGUGAGGCUGCUGCCCUUCUGCACAAUUACUCCAAAUCCGACGGGAGAUAGGGAAAUGCGCAAGUUUUUUUUUAUUAAAUCAAAAUAAAUGUAAACAUAUUUUGUAGUUAAGCGUCUUAUAUAUUCCAUAGUAGCUGUCUAAAAAGGCAAAAUGAAGCAUUAAAAGAAAAACUAUUAUAACGUCCAUUCUUAAAAUUAUUUAAUGGUGAUUUUUCUUCUCUACAACCCAACUCCCGUUUUUAUUAAUUAAUUAUAUACAUAUAUUUUUGUACUACAUGAACAAACAUUUAUCCAAAAAAAACUCUAUGACUUAUAAAAAAUAAUAUAAAGAUAUUUUAUAGAGAAAUAAAAGUUUUAGAAAAAAUGUGCAGAUCGUUUGUUUUUAGUUUUACAACAGAGAUAUGACUGGAGUUUCAAAGAGUUUUGAGAUACAUUUUGGUAAGUAUAUAAUUUUAUAGCUGCAUUACUUAUAUUAAGGUAUUCUAAUACAUAUUGAGAAUUUUGUAAAGUUUUUGAACCUAUGAGUUAACCCAUCACAGAACACGCUGAUUGAUAAUUGAAAUAUGUAUUUUCAAAAGAAAAAUAAUUGAAAAAAAAGUUUAAACAAAAAAAAAAGGUUUUUCUAGUUUCUUUAGCCAAUUAUGUAUGGUAUAUACUAUAUUUGUAUAAAAUAAACAUCUUAGAGGUUUUAUGUUAGGUAAUUAAAGUCUGAUGAAAUAAAAUUUUUGUUAUAACAAAUAUCAAAAGAAAAAACCUGCAACAAAGAAUACAAUUAAUAUUGUAUUCUUCAAAUUAUCAAAAAUUCUUCGUCAAAGAUUAAAUUUCCCUAAAUAUUUACAAAUCAUAUCAUAAAAAAUGUGUCAAUGAAUGGGUUAAAAAUCGAAUAAAAAUUAUCACUCAAUAUCUUAUUAAUUUAAAUUAAAAUAAAUGACUUAUUGCUUUAAAAAAAAUACAGCAAUAUUGAGUAACUUUAUACUUUUAAGUUAUACCCCAUUUACGAUUAAAAGACUUAAAUCUCGACUAAACCCGAAUUAUAUUAAAGAACUUUUUGAGGAACAUUUUCACUUUUACAUGAAUAUAAAUUUCAUUUUCUUUUGUAAAAGUCAAGUCUUAACCAAUAUUCUUAAAAAUUUCGCUACUCUUUAUCUAUCCAGAGUCAUUCGACUUUAUUAAUGAAACCAUUUUAUGCGUUUUUUACACUAAAUUACAGUAAAUUAGGGUUAAACUUCUUUCUUUGAGUUUUGACUCCUUCUUUGAUUCUUUUUUAUUUUAAUAUUUUUUUUUU